AUGCCGGCAUUAAUGGUGGGAUCACUCAUCCUAGAAUCAAGGGCCGUAGCCAUGCACAGGAGACUGUAUUUCACCCUGCUGAUCAUUGCCUUUCCUCCCUGCCUUUCAAUUCCUACAGCCACAGCAGUUACAGAGUCAGGCUUGGGCCCAGUGAGCUGUUCCGACUGCCACGAUAAUGCCACCUGCGAGGAGCGGGAAGGCUCCCCCAUGUGCUCCUGCAGGGCCGGGUUCACGGGCAAUGGCCUCACGUGCUCCGAUGUGGACGAGUGUACUUCCUCCAGGGCUGACCGCUGCCUGCCAGACAGCUGCGUGAACCAACCGGGCACCUUCCACUGCCGCUGCCCAGCUGGCUUCCAGUUCACCCCCGAGAGCGGCUGCUCCGAUGUGGACGAGUGCGCCGACCCCAGUAAAAACCGUUGCCACUCUCUGGCCAGUUGCACCAAUGCUGAUGGAGGCUACCUCUGCAUGUGCCCCGCGGGCUACUUUGGGGAUGGCACCCAGUGCGACUUGGCUCCGUGGUCCAGGGUUUGGGAAAAGCUGGACUGUGGCGAGCCGGGGGCAGCGGAGACUGACUUGUGCUUUGACCCUUGUCAGAAUUACACUGUCCUCGACGAGCCCUGGAGGAGUUCCUCCUUCCAAGGUGAUGGCAGUAAUUGCGACAGCAAGAAGAGCGGGUGGUAUCGGUUCAUGGGCAAGGGUGGGGUGCGGAUAUCCGAGACGUGCGUGCCCAUCAACCGGUGCAACACGGCGGCUCCCAUGUGGCUGCGGGGCCGGCACCCCUCCAGCGAGGAGGGCAUCAUGAACCUCACCGCCUGCGCCCACUGGAGUGAAAACUGCUGCUUGUGGAAGACUGAUGUCCUGGUGAAGGCUUGUCCUGGGGACUACUAUGUCUACAAGCUAGGCGAGCCUCCGGUGUGCAGCCUUGGUUACUGUACAGACCCUACCACUACAGAACAGCCAUGCAACCAUUGUCUUGAAGAUGAGGAGUGCAAAUUGCUCAAUGGCACCUGGGGCUGUACCUGCCAAGAAGCCUUCAACAGCUCAGACAUUUCCAGCUUGCAACCCAGAGUGACCUGUGGGACCAAUGUCAUCAAAGUGUCCUUGACCAGAUGCCAACUGGAAGGCCUUGGAUUUCAGAAGACUAUCACGUACCUGAGUGAUAGCAGCUGUGUCGGCUUUGAAGAAAAGGGAAACAGGAGUUUGGUAUCGGUGGAGACCCCGGUCCAAAACGGAACCUGUGGGAAUGUGCUGAAGAAAAAUGGAACACAUGCCAUUUAUAGUAACACUCUCUCUGUGGUCAAUGAGGUCAUCAUCAGAGACACCAAACUCUAUGUCAACUUCCAAUGUGCCUACCCACUGGACAUGAAAGUCAGUCUCGAAACUGCGAACAAACCCAUGGUCAGUUCACUGAAUAUCAGUGUGGCUGAUGCGGGAGAGUUUACAGUGAGAAUGGCCCUCUUCAAAAAUCCAAACUUCACAGUACCAAUCGAAGGAUCGAUGGCUGUGCUGCCUGUGGAGGCCACACUUUAUGUGGGAGCCAUCUUGGAUGAAGGAGACACAUCCAGAUUCAACCUGCUCAUGAAGAACUGCUACGCCACCCCCACUAACAGUUCCAAGGAUCUUCUGAAGCAUUUCAUUAUUCAGAACAGUUGUCCGAACCUGCUUGAUUCUACUAUACAAAUGGAGGAGAAUGGGGAGUCCCCAUAUGGCCGGUUUUCUAUUCAAAUGUUCCAGUUUGCUGGAAACCAUGACCUCGUCUACUUGCACUGUGAGAUUUAUCUGUGCGAUAAACUCACUGAGCAGUGCAAACCAUCUUGCUCAAGGUUCGGCUCCCGGAGUGGGGACAUCAUAGAUCUGGAUCGGGUUUUGGACUUGGGACCCAUUGUCAGGAAAGAUUCCCAGUUUCUCAUAACAAGUGGAGUCUCCAGAAACUUGUGUAAGUAA